CGCCCCACUUUCAGUCUCUUUUGGAUCUUCAUCCGGGAGCCUCUUCAUCUAAAACCUCUUACCUCGUAAAGCUACCCUUAUUUCUCAUUUCUUACCCUGAACCCUUGUAAGAAACAUCAGUCUUGACAAGUAGGCUGUGGGGCAGCUCCUCCCAGUGGGACUCCAGGGAGGGGCCGCUAGUCCUUGACAUUCACCCUCCAACCAGAUGCCUUCUGUUGAGGGAGCUGGAGCCCCUAGGCAGCCUGGGCCUCGUCAGUGGUCAUGAGAGGUAGGGGACUGACCCUGCAAGUGUCAAGCUGAGAACUUUCUCAUGGACCUGGCACUCUGCUUUGCAGCUUGAAGAGCUAUGACGGCCAUCAACAAGGGCCCAGCCUUGCCGGAUGGAGACCUCCCCGAGCAGGAGAACGUCCUGCAACGGGUCCUGCAGCUGCCGGUGGUGAGCGGCACUUGCGAGUGCUUCCAGAAGACCUACACCAGCACCAAGGAAGCCUACCCCCUGGUGGCCUCUGUGUGCAAUGCCUACGAGAAGGGUGUGCAGGGCGCCAGCAGCCUGGCAGCCUGGAGCAUGGAGCCCGUGGUCCGCAGGCUGUCCACCCAGUUCACAGCGGCCAACGAGCUGGCCUGCCGAGGCCUGGACCACCUGGAGGAAAAGAUCCCAGCCCUCCAGUACCCUCCUGAAAAGAUCGCCUCUGAGCUGAAGGACACCAUCUCAACCCGCCUUCGCAGUGCCAGGAAUAGCAUCAGCGUUCCCAUUGCCAGCACUUCGGACAAGGUCCUGGGGGCCGCGCUGGCCAGCUGCGAGCUCGCCUGGGGGGUGGCCAAAGACACUGCUGAGUAUGCUGUCAACACCCGAGCCGGCCGGCUGGCCUCCGGAGGGGCCGACCUGGCCCUGGGUGGCGUCGAGAAGGUGGUAGCGUACCUCCUCCCUUCCGCCAAGGAAGAGUCAGCCCCUGCCGCGGGACACGAGCAGGCCCAGAAGCCUCCCAAAGGCAAGCCGAGCCUCCUGAGCAGGGUUGGGGCCCUGGCCAACACCCUGUCCCGACACACCUUCCAGACCACAGCCCGUGCGCUGAAGCAGGGCCACGCCCUGGCCAUGUGGAUCCCAGGUGUGGCGCCCCUGAGCAGUCUGGCCCAGUGGGGCGCGUCCGCGGCCAUGCAGGUGGUGUCCCGGCGGGAGAGUGAGGCACGGGCGCCCUGGCUGCACGGCCUCACGGCCGCCCAGGAGGAGGACCACGAGGACCACACGGACACAGAGGGAGAGACGGAGGAGGAGGAGGAGGAGUCCGACGCCGAGGAGAACAAGCUCAGUGAGGUAGCAGCCCUGCCCAGCCCACAAGGCCUCCUGGGCAGCGUGGCCCACACCAUGCAGAAGGCCCUCCGGAGCACCAUCUCGGCCGUGAUGUGGGCGCCCGCGACUGUGCUGGGCUCGGCAGCCAGGAUGCUGCACCUCCCCGGGGCCCCCGCUGUCUCCUCCGCCAAGGGGAGGGCCAUGUCCCUGUCGGACGCCCUGAAGGGUGUCACUGACAACGUGGUGGACACGGUGGUACACUACGUGCCGCUCCCCAGGCUGUCGCUGAUGGAGCCCGAGAGUGAAUUCCGGGACAUCGAUAACCCGCCUGCGGAGGCCGAGCGCCGGGAGGCGGAGCGCAGGGCGUCUGGGGCGCCGCCCGCGGGUCCGGAGCCCGCGCCGCGCCCCCCGCAGCCCCGCGGCAGCCUGCGGCCCGCGCGUAGUCCCGGGGCGCCCCCCGGCCCCGGGCAGGAGGACAGGGCGGACGCGCCCGCCGCGCCGCGCCCGGUCUUCCCGGCGGUGGCCCGCGAGAAGCCCGCGCGCAGGGUCAGCGACAGCUUCUUCCGGCCCAGCGUCAUGGAGCCCAUCCUGGGCCGCGCGCAGUACAGCCAACUGCGCAAGAAGAGCUGAGCCCCGCGCGUCCGUCCG